AUGGAUUCAGACUGGGUGAUUUUCCUCGUUUGGGGCAGCGGCUUACUUUUCUUCGUCGUCAUACCAAGCGCGCGGGCCUGCUACAGAAAUUGCAUCCGGGAGGACGGCGGCGGCCCGCCGCCGGCGAACGAGGCGGCAGCCGUGCAUCGGAGGAUCCUACUACGUCUAGACAAGGUCACGUACCCUCGCCAGAACUCUUUACCGGCGUCUACUACCAGCGGCCUCGGCGGCGGCGGUCGUCCAUCAACGACGACUGCAGCAGGGACGGCGGCGGCGGCGGCGGAGGAGGAGGAUUGCGCGAUUUGCUUGGGCCAGUUUGAGGACGGCGACCGGUGCAGCGUGAUGCCCAUCUGCCACCACGAGUUCCACAGGGAUUGCAUUGCUAAUUGGUUGCUGGCGCAACACAAUACGUGCCCCCUCUGUAGGGCUAAACUACAAUGGUCACUUGCUGCUCAAGACAUGGUAUAG